ACAGUUAGUGCUUCCAGGUCUUAGCACACUCUCUCUCCUCUCGUAAAGGCAGUGGGGGUGAGAGCUGAGCUCCACAAGAGAAAUGCCAAUAUCAGAAUCAACUCUAUCGUCAUCAACAGGGCUUACCGCCAUUCCUUCCCUUGCAAGUUCACAUAUAAAAUACUUGGUUGUGAAUAAGUGCAGAAAUUUGAGAGUGAAGUGUAAUUAUGGCAGUUUGGGUAGAAGAAAAGUGGCAGGUUUUAUGGGGACUAAGAAAAAUGUGAAAGUGAUAAGUAGUUGGGUAAAGGGGGGUGACAUUGACAAUGCUUCAGUGGAGUUGGAUGUUCCAUUUCCUCAAGACUACUCUGAGCUUCUUGAACAAUGUUUCAAGUUAUACAGAUGUGGUGGUACUUGGUACUUUUUAAGUUAUGGAAUACGAGCAAAAAAAGCAACUGCGUUGGCUUUGAAAGACAAUAGACAAUUGAUGGAGAUCGAAUUCCCAACUGCUGGGCUUGAAUCUGUACCAGGAGAUGGUGAAGGAGGAAUAGAGAUGACUGAGAGUAUGGUGUUAAUUCGCGACUUCUGUGACCGUUUCGUUGAUACGGUGAAAGCUGUGCGAACUAGAAUAUUUUUCCCCGAGGCCAAUGAAGUUACAUUUGCAAGAAAUUCAGUCUUUGGAGGAGCUUCCUUCAAAUUAGACUAUUUGACAAAACCAUCAUUUUUUGAAGACUUCGGUUUUGUUGAAAAAGUAAAAAUGAAGGACCGGGUGAAGCCAGACGAUGAACUAUUUCUUGUCGCUUAUCCAUAUUUUAAUGUCAAUGAAAUGCUUGCUGUUGAAGAGCUUUACAAAGAAGCUGUCAAGAACACCAACCGGAAAUUGAUUAUAUUUAAUGGAGAACUUGAUCGCAUAAGAUCUGGCUAUUAUCCACCGUUUUUUUAUCCUAAACUGGCUGCCCUUUCAAAGACCCUGUUUCCACUGAUGGAGACUGUAUAUUAUAUUCACAAUUUUAAGGGAUCCAAAGGGGGAACUCUUUUCAGGAGCUACCCUGGUCCUUGGAAAGUCCUUCGAAAAGUGAGGAACAAAUACAUUUGUAUUCAUCAACAAGAAACUAUGCCGUCGCUGAAGGAAGUUGCCUUGGAUAUUCUUCCAUCAGCUUGAAAUAUUCUAACUCAUUUGGUAAUAGAGCAAUAUUUUUUACCUAUAUUAUUCAGUGUUAUAAAUUUUCAUAUUUUUGCAUAUAUUUCUUCUUUAGUAGUCAAUACAGAAAGUAACCUUCAGCUCAGGUUUCUUCAUUUUGGUCUCGUGUGUGUCAAAUUAGUUGAAUUGACAAUGAAGUACUAAUUAACCUAUCAUUGUUCAACAUUUUAAUAGGUCAGCUUUGUUCUAGGCAGGGUUAUUUCUAGAAGACAAUGUCUAUCAAAUCAAGAUAUAUUAUGGAUUUGUCACCCUUUGUUUUUUUGGCU